CUAUGGCUGAAACGCCAAUCCUCGUUGGUGUGGGAGACAUCAUCAACCGUAAUCUUGCAGUCCAUCAUGCCGCAGAACCUGCUGAGCUGAUACUCGAUGCCAUUUCCAUUGCCUUGCGAGACACCGGCCUAUCGACUCAAGUCAUCGCAAACCUUCAAUCCAAUAUCGACAGCAUAGAUGUUGUUCGCACUUGGACAUGGCCAUAUCCGGACCUACCUGGUCUGCUCGCUGAGAGACUCGGCACACGACCUAACCACACCUAUUGCUCNCCCCAUGCAGGUAAUCAACCUGCCAAACUGGUCGACGAAGCAGCUCGCAGGAUCGCGAAUGGGGAUACCAAGCUGGCUGUAGUCACUGGAGGUGAGGCAUUAGCAUCGCUGGCUGCUUGUGCGAAAGCAGGAGUCAUACCACCGCCGAACUGGACUCCGGUUGAGACGCCUGUCACACAAGUGUUCGCUCCCUCAACCAGAGAAAUGGCCAAAGGUAUCGGAGCGAAACACACGAUCGGAGCACCCAUCCAAGUAUAUCCCCUCUUCGAGAACGGUCUUCGUGCUCAGAGGGGCCAGUCUNNUCUGGAAGACAACAAUACUGAAAGUGCGAAACUGUAUGCUGAGUUUGCUCAAGUUGCCAACAAGAACCCACUUGCUUGGAACUUUCCUCGAGCGCCAGAAACAGAAGAUACGAUCGGUCGCGUCUCCAGCAAGAAUCGCAUGAUAUAUCCUCUGUUAAUGAAUGCUUUCAACACGAUCAACUUGGCCGGAGCAGUGAUUCUGACAUCAGUCUCAUAUGCUCGCGAGUUAGGCAUUGCCCAGGAAAGAUGGAUUUAUGUGCUUGGAGGAGCAGGCACACAAGAUAGCGCCGAUUUCUGGGAACGACCAAACUUUCACUCUAGUCCUGCCAUCAGUCGCACUUUGGACGCCGGACUCGAGGCGUGCGGACUCAACAAAACCGACAUAGACAUGUUCGAUUUCUACAGUUGCUUCCCGAUAGUACCCAAGCUCGCCUGCCUACAUCUUGGUAUGGACAUUUUGAAGCCUGAGAAGCCCACCACUCUGCUUGGCGGUCUAACAAGCUUUGGAGGAGCAGGCAACAACUACUCUAUGCAUGUGGGUGCCUUCCAUGAUCUAGCUGCACUACGUUCAGCUGACCUCAAGAAUAGNGCAAUCACAGUCAUGGCGCGGAAGUUACGUGCAGGCAACGGCACUCAUGGUCUCGUGCUUGCAAAUGGAGGUGUCUUGACAUACCAACAUGUCAUCUGUCUAUCUUCUCGACCACGGACGGAUGGUCAACAUUAUCCUGCUCGUAACCCUCUUCCUCCCGUGCUCGAGGACACCACAGUACCCAGGAUCGAUGAGACUGCUGAAGGUGAAGCCAUCAUUGAGUGCUAUGGAAUUGUUCGAGUACUAAGGCUUCCCAGNACAUACACAGUCGAUUUUGACCGCAAGAACGAACCUUUGCUAGGUCAUGUUGUAGGAAGGUUGAAGAAGUCUGGGCAUAGGUUUAUUGCCAAUCAUGGAGAUGUGGCAACGUUGAAGAGGCUUGCAAGUAGAAGCGAAGAGCCCAUCGGUAAGAGCGGCUAUGUACGGACAGAUGGCCAGGGUCACGGAAGAAACUUGUUUUCUCUGGACGCGAGCUCUAGGCUG